AUGUCACACAAGGUGGACGGGAAGCUGCUGUGCUGGCUAUGCAUGCUCUCUUACAAGCGCGUGCUCGCCAAGGCGAAGAAACACGACGACUUCUCGUUCGCGAAGCGGCCGGCGAGAGAGGGCGCCACCGGCAGUUCGACGACGCGAGAGAAGCCCUCGACGCUCUCUGCCGCCGCCCACAAGGCGAAGCAUCGCCGUGGCAACCAGGAGAAGUCCAGAGGUGAAGCGGGUCAGGCUGCAUCGAAAAAACCACGACUAGAGGCGACCAUACCAAGCAGCAGCAUGGACUCGUUCAUCGAUCCCAACAGUUCGGAGCAUCUGAUUGCGACGACGCAGCUGAAAGAACAGAUUACUGCGCUGAAACGACAGCUCGAUGCAAAGUCAAAGGAGCUGCUAGAGAGAGACAAGAAGGUGGGGAAGUUGAAGAAUCGUGAGAUGAACAAGUCGAACACGACGCUGCAGAAGCAACUGAAGGAGAAGCAGACGCUGGAACGACGAUCGACGAACAACGCGACGAAGAACAGCAGCGGUGGCGCCCUCUCUGCGGCCACGCUGAACAAUAGCGCAGACAGCGGCGGCAGCAACACGAACAGUCCGAUGAUGUCGUCGUGA